AUGUCUGAUGUGUACACCGGUUUUGUGGAUGCCGUUCCAUCCCCUUUCUUCAGUGGAGUGUUGACAUUCAAGGACGUGGCUAUUGAAUUCUCUAUGGAGGAGUGGGCCUGCCUGGACCCUGCUCAGCAGCAUUUGUAUCGGGAAGUCAUGUUAGAGACCUACAGAAAUCUGGUCUUCCUGGGUCUUGCUGUCUCUAAGCCAGACCUCAUCACCUGUCUGGAGCAAAGCAAAGAACCCUGGAAGGUGAAGACACAGCAGACACUACUCAAGCCCCCAGCUCUAUCUAAUCAUUCUACCCAAGACCAUUGGCAAGAGCUGGGCACAAAUAUGUUAUUUCCAGAGAUGAUCCUGAGCAGAUAUGAAACCUGUGGCCCUGAAAAUUUAAACUUUACCAAAGACUGGGAAGGUGUGUAUGAGUGUAAGCAGCAGAAAGUAUGUUACAGUGGACUUGAUGAAUGUGUAACACCUACCCAUGGCAAAGUCUUCCAAUGCAGGAAAUGUUUGAAUGGCUUUAGACAGUUGUCAAAUGUAAAUAGGCAUAAGAUGAUGCAUACCUUAGAGAAAACUUUUAAAUGUAAAAAGCACGGGAAAUCCUCUAAGCUCUGCUCACACAUCACAGAACAUAAGAUAACAAAUACUAGAGAAAAACAACACAAAUGCAAAGAAGGUAGCCAAGUCUUCCAAUCUCGCACAAGACCCCAUCCUGGAGAGAAACUCAACAAGUAUGAAAAUGAUGGCAAAUGUCUUAGCCACAGAUCAAAGUAUUGUAACCAUAAGAUUUUGAAUACUGGAGAAAAUCCCUACAAAUAUAAGGAAUGUGACAAACUUACCAAGCAGUACUCACACAUUUAUGGCCAUAAAAGAAUUCAUUCCGGAGAGAAACACUACAAAUGUCAAGACUGUGACAAAGCCUUUGUAACUUACUCUAGACUUUCUGUACAUAAAGUGCUUCAUUCUGGUGGAAGAUCAUACCAAUGUGAAGAACAUGGCAAAGCCUUUAUCAGGCACUCACUCCUCUCUAAACAUCAAAGAAUUCAUUUGGGAGAGAAACAUUACAAAUAUCAAGAGUGUGUCAAAGCCUUUAACCAGUACUCAAGCCACUCUGUACAUCAAAGAAUUCACUCUGGAGAGAAACCUUAUAAAUGUCAAGAAUGUGGCAAAGCCUUUAACCGCCACUCAGGCCUUUCGGCACAUCAAAGAAUUCACUCUGGAGAGAAACAUCACAAAUGUCAAGAAUGUGGCAAAGCCUUCACCCACCACUCAGGUCUUUUUAUGCAUCAAAGAAUUCACUCUGGAGAGAAAUAUUACAAAUGUCAAGAAUGUGGCAAAGCCUUUAUCCAGCACUCAAGCCUUUCUGAACAUCAAAGAAUUCACUCUGGAGAGAAACCCUACAAAUGUCAACAAUGUGGGAAAGCCUUUACCCAGCAUUCAGGCCUUUCUGUACAUCUAAGAAUUCACUCUGGAGAGAAACCUUACAAAUGUCAACAGUGUGAUAAAACCUUUAACUGGUCUUAUAGCCUUUCUGAACAUGAAAGAAUUCACUCUGGAGAGAAACCUUACAAAUGUCAAGAAUGUGGAAAAGCGUUUAACCGGCACUCACACCUUUCUAGACAUCAAAGAAUUCACUCUGGAGAGAAACCCUACAAAUGUCAAGAAUGUGGCAAAGCCUUUAACUGUCACUCACACCUUUCUAGACAUCAAACAAUUCACUCUGGAGAGAAACCUUACAAAUGUCAAGAAUGUGGCAGAGCCUUUACCCAGCACUCAGGCCUUUCUAGACAUAAAAGCAUUCACUCUGGAGAGAAACCAUACAAAUGUCAAGAAUGUGGGAAAGCCUUUAACUGGCACUCAGACCUUUCUGUACAUCUAAGAAUUCACUCUGGAGAGAAACCUUACAGAUGUCAAAAAUGUGGCAAAGCCUUUAAUUCAUUUGUGAACCUUUCUAGACAUUUAUGAAUUUAUUCUGGAGAGAAAUCAUAUAAAUAUGGACAGUGGGCAAAUUCUAACUCACAUUCAAUCCUCACUGUAUGUAGCAGAAAUCACACAAGGGAGAAACCCUCCAGAUGCAGACUGUGGCUGUGCCUUUACCUCGUGUUCAUAGCAUGCUAAGCAUAAAAUAAUUCAAACUGGAGAGAAAUCCUACCAAUGUGAACAGUGUGGCUAUGACUUUAACCAGAGCUCAAACCUUACAAUAUAUAAGAACAUUCAUAGUGGAGGGAAAUCUUAGAAAUGUGAAUUAUGUGGCAAAGGUUUUCAGUGGUCCUCAGUCUUAUUAAACAGAAGAGAAAUCAUAGCAGAGAAAAAUGGUAACAAUGUGAAAAUGUAGCAAAGCCUCAUUCCAGUAGGCACUGUUUCCUGUACACAACAGAAUUCAUGUUGAAGAAAAACUCUACAAAUAUGAAGAGAUU